AUGGUCUCGUUCAGCUCGUCGCCGCAGUUCGAGGCCAAGGCGCCGUCUGCCUCGUUCUGGCGGCAAGUCCAUCAUUAUCGCCCGCGAGUACACAAGGCCAAGAUUACCUUCGUCGCCAUUGCCUUUCUUCUCUGCCUCUGGAUGAUUUCAUCGUCCUCGAAGGUGAGUGCUAACCUUCCAGCCUGGAUGCACAAGGCCAUAGCUCCAAUUGCUUGGCCGAUGUCGCUCUGGUCAACUGCCGCAAGCGCCAGCGCUAACGCACGCCAUGUCCAGCAGCCUGAGCCGGACUUCUGGACAAAAUUUCCCUCGCAACACCCAUUCACUGAGCACCCCGAAGAUGCGCAUGUUUUUCUUCCUCGACGAGUCGACGUCGGACCCAACGAUACUCUCCCCCAUGAUUUAGAAAAGACCAAUCCGCACCUGCACCUGCUGGUGCCCGCCACCAAGGGUUCUCGUGGUACUUGCCGAACCCUGGUCUCGUCCAUGAUUCUGGGAUAUCCGCCUGCGACAGUUGUUGGCUAUGGCCAUGAAAAGCCCGGCGCAACGGAAUUCGAGCGCAUGGUGCAGCGCAUCACACGCGUGCGCAAUUACCUCCGGGAUAGCAAGACGGUCAAGCCUCACGACUUUGUGCUAGUCGUGGAUUCUCUGGAUACCUUCUUCCAACUACCCCCGCAGGUUCUCGUUCAGCGGUUCCAGGAGAUUCUGCGCGAGAACAAUAGGAAGCUCCAGAAGAAGUACGGCGAUGUGGAGCUGCCCCCGUUGAAGCCAGGUGCUUCGCCAGAGGUAAUCCAAAAGUACUCACAGCGGGUUCUUUUCGGGGCAAGCAAGAUAUGUCCCAGUGAAAUGAAGGAUGAUCCCGGCUGUGUGUCAGUCCCGCAGUCCUCUCUGCCUCCCGAUGUGUAUGGAUGGUUCACAGACGAAGCGCGCGAUGGACACAAGAACCGUCCCCGCUGGUUGAACCCUGGUGCCGUGAUUGGCCAGGCUGCUGAUCUGAAGAUCAUCUACGACGAGGUCCUGCGCUUGGUCGAGCAACGCCACAAGAAGUACGGCGAUUACCUGGCCUUGACCCAAAUGUAUGGUCGACAGGAGGUCGUGCGAGAGCUUGAGCGUCGCCGUACUGCUAAUAGUGCCCAGGAGUGGCUCUACUCACUGAUUGGAAUCUCCGAUGCGAGCAAUCUGACCGGUAUCAGCGUGAAAUUGGAAACGGGCCACCGCUACGAAUACGGCAUAGGUGUCGACUACAAGUCGGAACUAUUCUUCAACCAGAUAAUGGCUCGCAACGACGUCGGUUGGCUUAAGUUUGAUAAUGUCACUAGGUCAGCUGCGUUCCAGGCCUCGUUCGGUGUCCCUCGCGAGACUCGCAUGCUUCUUCCGCCGGACAUUGAGUCCCUCCCCAACCCGUUCAACACUAGUCGCCUGGCUAAGCACCAAACGUCAAUUCCGACAUGGAACUUGACCCUCGAUAAGCUGCCCAGCCCACAUGACCACGGAUGGGGCAAUUUGCCUCUCCUGACCAAUGCGCACUCUGCUUCGGUCCCUGUCCUCGCUCAUAUGAAUGGCGAUUCGAAGCUGCGCAACACAUGGUGGGAAAAGAUGUGGUUUUUCCCCUGGGCCCGUGCAUUACUCCGGAAAUACGUUCGCGACUCGCAGGGCUUCGAGGCAGCACAGUCUGCCCUCCUGGGAGGACAGGAGUGGUGGGAUAUGCGCGGUGGCCGGGGCGGACUCUGGACCGACGACGCGAACUGGAUUACCCUAUCUGAGAUCUGCGAGGGCCAAGAACGUGAUCUCUUCGAUGAUGAUUUGGGCCCGUGGUCGAAGGAGAAUGGGGAUCCGGACGAGCCCGUCUACAACCAGUUCGGCAAACUGACUCACGGCAAAGGUCAAGAGAACGAGGAAGAUCAGUUCGGCUGGAACAAUUUCAAUUUCUGGUGA